GAGUUGGGGGGUGCUGAUUUUCCCAGACUCCGAACGGAAGCCUGCCUCUCUUCAUCGCCGCUGCUGGCUGUGCCGUCCCUUUACGCAGAGAGCAUUACGCAUCACUGGAGUAAAGAGCGAGGGUGCCGCUAAAGUAUUUUAGGAAGAGCCUUGUCGCCUACCGGUUCCUCACUGGUUUGGACCUAAAAACGUUUACCACAAGUCUGGACAACUACUCUACUUCCUUCGACUCCCCCUUUUUUCUCUCACCAUUGGAUCUAUAGCUCCCUAGACGCGCGCGCUUCUGUGCUUAAAGAUGCAAGUCGGGCGCAAAUCGUGUUGGAGGCAAUUGCAGGCUUCUUUUUUCAGACUGCUAUGUCUUAUCCCCACAGGAUUCCCCGUCCGGAGUGUGGAUAUGCAGCGGCCCACCGACAACAUCACCAUCCGCCAGGGCGACACGGCGAUUAUAAGGUGUUACGUUGAUGACAAAGUGUCCAGGGUGGCCUGGCUCAAUCGAUCCAACAUCAUCUUCGCCGGCCAGGACAAGUGGUCCCUGGACCCCAGAGUAGACCUGGUCACUAAAGGACAGCUGGAGUACAGCCUACGCAUACAAAAGGUGGACGUGUAUGAUGAGGGCUCAUACACCUGCUCUAUACAGACUAAGGAGAAGCCCAAGGCCUCACAAGUGUACCUCAUUGUACAAGUUCCAGCCAACAUCUACAAGGUGUCAGAAGACAUCACAGUGAAUGAGGGCAGCAACGUGACGCUCAGUUGUUUGGCCAGUGGCAGACCGGACCCAGCCAUCACCUGGCGGCUGCUCAACCCCUCAGCGGAGCCGUUGGACGGAGAAGAGUAUCUGGACAUUAUAGGUAUCAUGCGAAACCAAGCGGGUCGUUACGAAUGCAAGGCCAGCAACGACGUCGCCACGCCUGACGUCAAAUACGUCAACGUGGUCGUCAACUACCCUCCAACAAUAAAGAGAACCCAGAGCUCGGAGACUCCGGUGGGACGCAUGGGGACGCUGCAGUGUGACGCCACGGCUGUGCCCACACCAGAGUUUGAGUGGUACAGAGAUGAAAAAAGGCUGUCCAAUGCCCAGGGCAUCAAUAUUCAGAUCCUUGGCACCACCACUAUUCUCAUGAUUGCCAAUGUUACUGAAGAGGAUUAUGGAAAUUACACCUGUGUGGCCUCAAACCGACUGGGCAUCCAGAAUGCCAGCCUUUUCCUCUAUAGACCCGGGACAGGUCGAGAUAUCAACGGCUCUGCCUGCGUAUCUCAAUCACUGUGGCUCCUUCUGGCCUCCUUCGCCUGCCUUUUCUUCAAGUGUUAAUACCGCUGUCCUCUUCCUCCUCCUCCUUCUCCUCCUGUUCCUCCUCCUCUUCUUCCCCCUUCCGGCCUCCUCUCCCUCCUUCCCGGCCUCCUCUCCCUCCUUCCCGUCCUCCUCCUUCCUCUCCAGCUCACCGACAUCCUUAUUGCUACCUUAUUACCAACUCUACCAAACCCUCUGCUUCCCUCCCCAGACUGUUUGCAUCAUGGUACAUGGUACAUACGUGCUCUCAGGCACUGCUUACAGAUAUAAUGAAAAACAAUGAGUGUUAUAGGAACAACAACGACAAAAAAAAAAAAACAGUGAAAAGAAGGACAGAACAAGCAAACAGUGCUCUUUUAAGGAAUCACAUUGUUCUUUUUAUUUUAUAUGCACUUCUUUGUUUCUGCUAUAUCUUGUGCCCUCUUGGGUCUGGGUCGGGGCUUGGGAUUUGUUGUGUUUUUUUUUUUUGUUUUGUUUUUUCGUCCUCGUGGGAAUGAAACCAACAAUCAUUUAUCCCUAGAGGUACCGAAGACACGAGGUAUAUGUCUUCUUACUCCCAUAGAUGCAUUAUGUUAACUUGAAGUGUAGAUUUAACCGAGUGUUUAACCAGUGCAUUAAUCAGCAACACGCGACGUACCUGCCAAAUAUACAUACAUGUAGAUUUGAAACUAACAUAAACGAAAAUCAAUGGGAAGCUACCGCAGCUGAUUUUGUGACGCGAUUAGACCUUAGUAUUAAAGUCUGUGCUAGCGUAAUGGGAAGCUUCUAGACCGAAACACAGAUAGAGCAUUAGCCCGAUAUCUCUCCAAUCAAUGACAUUGUGUCUAGAUGCCGUCGUUGCAGUCGAGCCCAAAAAUCGAGGACGCAGUGAAUAGAAUCGACUUGAUCCUACUGAGCUAAACCAUGCGGAGUGCAAACCUGAGGAAGUUAGUUUAUCUGCUGAGGGAUAUCCACGUCCUCAUUCGGUGGCUUUGCAACCACUCGCCUUUAUUCCAAAAAAAAACAAAAAAAAAACGUAAAAGCCCUCUCUUUCUUUUGUGAAUGGACUCUCACUUACAAAAAUAAAAGAACACACAGUAGGUUGUAAUAAUGCGUACUGUACAUAGUAAAAUUUUGUAUUUCUCUAUAAUAGGACAGCUUGUUCUGCCACUGUAACAGCGGGAAAACAGAGGACAGUUUUGCAGCGUAUGUCGUCCGCCUGGUGACCAGUCAGCCACACCGUGCGGUUUGUCUCUGCUCCUCAGCAGGCUGCGCCACCACAUACAAGCGCACUGUAACAGCUUUUAGUUUUAGGAUCAUUCUUCUAUACUGCUGGAAUUUGGAUAAAAAUGUAUGACACCAAUGAAUGACUUACUUUUGUUUUGGUUUUCUCAAAAAGUUUGUGUGUUUUACUAUGAAAAUGAUACUGAAAAGUUCAUAAUAUAGUGAUAUUGCGGUUAUUUUUUUUUCCCCCGUCUUUACCUCAUUCAUUUUAGUUGUGUGUGUGUAUAUAUAUAUAUAUUUGAAUCCAAUGUCCUUCUAUAUGAAAAGGCAAAAAUGACGUGUCCAUGUUUCUAAAUAGGGUAGCAAUUUGCUGAGGAUCAAUGACUUGUAGAUCUCUUGAAACUGGCAAAUCUGCUCGACCUUGUCAAAUGAAUCCAUUAACAAAAAAAAAAAAAAAAGUCUAGCAUAAGAAGAAGAUAGUUUUGUGCAGUUAUUAUGGUACCUAUCCUUAAGUUGAGGCUGACGUUAUACAGAAUGGAGUAUUAUGUUUAGCUUGUAACGCUCUUCCACAUACUCAUUAAGAGAGGAGAACUCAAAGGGAAAGCUGAAUGCAUUUCAACUCUAUGGCCAUCAAGGCCACUGAGCUGACAGCCCACUUUAACUACGUCCAACUGCAAACUUUCCUCAGCACACCUUUGCAAAGCAGAAUUUAUUUCUUUUUAAACAAAACAGUUAAAAGAGUAACAAAGCAUGUGCUGAUAUUUUGUAAAACUCACUUUCACAGAGUGCAGUUCUUACCAGACAAGGCUGCACAGUUGUUGAUGAGAUAUAUUGACACUGCUGUACUAUAGUUGCCUUGUUUCUUUUACUUUUUUCCCCCAUUCAUUUAUUUGAACUCACUGUAAGGUGACUAAUAGCAGAUGGACCUCGGUGCCCGGCUCGUCUCCCCCCGCCGCCUGGACACGCGCGUUGACAUCUCCUCUCUUCUGACAACCAGGCCGAGAUUGAACUAGUACUGAAAACCGCACAUGUAAUUAAUGUCAUCCUUGCCAUGCAUUAAAAGACUUGUUCCCAGUGUUUUCAUUGUAAAUGCUUCAGAGGCCGUGGCUGUGUGACAUUGCAGUGUUUGUAACGCCGUCUGAUCUAGCUUAUUUUCACCAGUGAGAAAGGUAUGGAAGCAAAGAUGAAAACAUGAAGCCCACGAAACAAUUCAAUCAAACCUUUACCUUUAAGCUUUAUCUUUUUUCUUUCUUUUUCUUUUUUUUUUACGAUUCAACUAGUGACUCCUGAUGUUUUUUGUAUUACGCUGGUAUUUCUGCAGAUUCUCUUUCUGCUUUUUUAGCCUGUGGGAAGCCCACUAGAGGAUGUCGAUUAUCAGCAACAGUCAUCUUCCUACUGUAACAAGAAGCGAAUGACCUGUAGGUUCAGUUUGCAUGAGAGCAGUCUGAGCUACAUGUCUGUUCCAGAUAGUCUUUCUGUCUCACUGUGUGUUGACAAAAUAAAAAAAAACUAAAAUAAAAAAAGGUAACCUCAGGGCAGAGCCAGGCUGGCCUUGGGCACACAGACAGACAGACGUAGACUCGGUUGUAUUUGUUUGCUUGCCUUUCUUGCUUGGAGGAGACCCUGACAGACUACCAGAUUGUGCUCAGCAUUUUUUUUUUUUUUCAACCUGCUUGUGAUGCAUGAGCAGUAGAAUUCGCCACGUAAUGGCAAACAGUGUGUGGAUACUUAUGUUAAUGGAUUAAUGGAUUUUGACACUUUGUACCAUCUGGGUGAUUUUCAGACGAGGCUAAGCUCACUUAUGUGGAUGCCCAAACGCAUCCAUGCAGGUUAAAACCAGUUAACAAGCACUGACUUAAAUAUUAGGACCACUGACGUAAAAGCCAUCGAGCUCCGUCUUAUCCAUAAAGCGGGAGGGAGUAAGAUCAGUCUUUCCAUUGCUCUAUACACAUACCAACAGCCAGCCUAUGGAUGCAUCGCCACCCCCGUAUGGACAGUCCUGGAUACCUACAGAAGACUAUAAAUAGUUUACUAUUGAGCAUUGCCUCAAAACAUCGCCUCCAUCGCGUCAUUGUAAACUGGCAUAUGUAUGUACGCGUGUGUACUCAUCUGAUGAAACUAUCUGAAAAAUAACAGAUACACGAUGAGUUGGCCCAACAGCAAACCGUCUGCUUUCUCUUGAGCUGCUGUAUAUGAUUACGGUGGUAACCCUUUACUUUGAGUUGACCCCCUCCCCUCCUCUGUGUGUAUAUACAGUAUUAAGUUUCUACAGUAGAAUGUUGUAAAGUCAGCAAAUCCAUAAGAAUCGUGUUUAUACGACUCCACACUUUAAGAUUUAAACCGCUAUCAUGUUUGUACUUCCCUUCCCUUUGUCAUGGGAAAACUAAGAAUCAGUGAUGGAUUAUGACGCAGCAAUGUCCCGUUUUUUUCUUUUGUUUGUUUUUUUUCUAUUUUACUUUAUUAUGGCAAAAGGUGAUUGCAGUCAGUUUCUAAAAAAAAUAAUUAAAAAAAACAUGAAAUGUAUUAAAGGGAGUACGAGAAAAUGUUAACAAAAUAAAGAUGUUUGAAUUCAGUGUUCUGUAUUUGAAUGUGACUUGAGAUGUCGGGGCAAGUAACCUCUUUUGUUUUUUUUUGGAGAUAGCUUGGAACACACGGGAUCUUAAUGGUACUGUUGUGUUGAUCACCAUGUAACAUGCAAAUAAAAUAAUAUAUGUAUUGGUA